GGAGCCGGCAGGCGAAAUACUGACGCGCUGUCGAAUAUUCGCACAUCAUCUCUAUCCAGCUCUACUCCCUGAACUGGAGCGCAUCAUUUUCUCCCCUCCUUCCCAACAGUUAUCCAAGGAUACCUAGCCACGAUCACUUUUGACCUUCAAACUAGUCCACUAAACAGCAGCCUAUUGCCUCAUUCAGUAACCGCAUUCAUCCGAAUAUCCUACUGCUCUCCUGAUCGCCUGUGCACCGUUCCGGGGGAGCGCACAUAUUGCAGGCAGUGGGAAACAGAUACAUCCCUCGAUAGCGCAGCAUAUGUUCUCAUGCGCCUGAAGGUAGAAGCUGGCGAUGCGGUUUCCCUCGGCUUGAUUUGGAGCCUUUUGCUGCGGGGUGUUUGACAUUGCACCCAUACAUUUGGGGGUGAUCCGCUAGUGACUACGACGAUGGCGGAGAAGGCAGUCAAUACAGCGUCCAGUGCCUUGACAGCUGAAGGAUUGACUCCACUGUCAGUUGCGGAGAAGAGACACCAAAGCAACUGCCAUGGCUCCCCAGCCCGUGUUGUACCUCAUCCAGGGAGCCCAGCUGUGAAAAACCACGAGGUGCAGAGCCCAGCCUUGGUCACAGAGAAGAAGCCCCAGCUCAAUGGGCUCCCCUCCCCUUUACGUCUGCCAGGCAACAACACUAACAAUCAUGCAGGUAAACAGUAUGUGGAAGGGUAUCUGAGGACAGAUGACAGGAUGCGUUUAGCCAAAGAGAGACGUGAGGAAAGAGAUAAAGGUUUAGCGGUACGAGAGCAGGCGAUCAUGGAGAAGGAGCGGCGAGCUCAGCUGCAGUAUGAACGUACUGUGGAGGAGCGCUGGAGGAAGCUGGAGGAACAGAGACAGAAAGAGGAGCUCCGCAGAGCUGCUGUGGAGGAGAAGAGGAGACAGAGGCUGGAGGAGGAAAAGGAGCGACUGGACGCUCUGAUGAAACGCUCCCUGGAACGCAGCCUGCAGCUAGAGCAGAGGCCCAAACGCUGGACAUGGGGCGGAGUUGGAGGAGCACAGGGUGACUGUGAGAAUGCCCCUCUCCCCGCCUCCACCUUUCCCCAUGAACUCGCCGCCCCCUUUCCUGCUGCCAGCGAAUCCGCUCCCUGCAGCCCCCACAGGUCACCCUAUCGGGGCUCGCCAAGCCGGGCUAAUCGACAGAGGCUCCAGGGCUCUCCAGAGGAGUCAGCAGGGGGGUCUAUCUCCACCCCUCAAACCCCCAAGAAGGAGAGGUUGCGCAGAGAGAGAAGGACUGGCUCCCCUGCGACAAGCUCCCCUGUGAGAAGAGCAGAAUCCCCAGCCAUGUUCACCGGACGCUCAGCCUCCCCUGCCACCCCCAAGUUGCUGCCUAAGAACUGUACCCAGUCUCCCUGCACUUUGCGCCAGUACCACUCUUCUCCCAUCAGACACAGACCCACCACCCCGGUUACCGACGGCAACAAGAAGGAGGACGGACAAGUUGAAGAAGCCAAAGGGCACAACAACAUCAGUGACAGAAAUGUCUCCAAGCCAGAGACCCCUGUGAAAAAGAUGUCUGAUAUUCAGAGCCCUGAGAAGUCUUCUCAAGCCGACACCGCUGAAAAAAAACUGUCCAACACCGAGACCCCAGAAAAGAGAUUCCCAAAAACUGAGACCCCCAGUAAGAACUUAAAAGGUGAGAUUUCUGAAAAGAAGGACAACCCUGAUAAAAAGAGUCCUAUGACUGAGACUGCUGAUAGGAAAGCCUCCAAAAUAGACACUCCAGACAGGAAGAUGCCAAAGCCCGCCUGCAGCGACCUGAAUGCAGAUAAGAGCACAGAGCCAUCGUCAGUGACGCCAACAGGGAAAGGAAUUGCUAGAACGACAAGCGCAGAGGAAGCAUCUAGACUGCUAGCGGAGCGUAGGCGUCUGGCCAGGGUGCAGAAGGAGCUGGAGGAGAAACAACGUCGUGAGCAGGAGGAGGAUGAGCGUCUGAAGGCGGAGCAGCUGAGGAGGAGACAGGCAGAGGAGCGGGCACGGCAGGAGGAGGAGGCUCGACGGGCUGAGGAGGAGAGGAGCAGACAGGAGGACCUCCGUAGGAUGAGAGAGGAAGAGGAGAAAUUGCAGAGGGAGGGUCGGGAUAAGGAGCUACAGGUCCAGAUGGACAGAGAGAAGGAGGAGGCCGAGUUACAGGCACAGAAGGAUGCGGAGCGUCAGCAUCAGGAGAGAGAGAUACUGAAGCUACAACAAGAAGAGGAGAGACAUCUGCGGAAGAAGAGAAUUGAGGAGAUAAUGAAGAGAACCAGGAAGAGUGAUGAGAACCAGGCUGAGAUGAAGCAGAAUGAGGAAGGGCAGGUGGAUACUCUGCCUCAGCCUGUCUCACCACCAGGGGAAAUGCAAAUUAACUCAAAGAUGAAGAUUGAAACUAAUGCUCAGGUGAAUGUGCAAGAAAACCCAAAGGUUGAGUCUCAGGUUAAUGGACAGGUCACUGUCCAUGUCAACAAGCAAGACAGUGCCCUGGUGAAGGGACAAGCCAUCUACCAGGUAACCCCACUGAAGAAUGAUCUGCAAAAGGGACAGGGCGCUAAACAAAUAAAUAAACAACAGACAGCCCAAGUGAAUGGACAGGGUGCAGCCCAGGUUCUCAAGCAAGAGAGUGUCUUUGUGAAGGGACGGGUUGCUUCCAAAGUGAACCAGCAAGAGAGUGCACAGGUGAAUGCAAAGACCAUUGACCAAAUGAAUCGUCUGGAUAAUACAAAGAGACCCGAUGCUCCCCAAGCGGGCAAACAGGAGAGUGUCCAAGUGAAUGUACAGGUGAAGAAACCGGAGGAAACCCAGGUGAGCAGCCAAGCCACUGCUCAGCUCAAAAUCCAGGAGAGUACCCAAGUAAAUGUGAAAUUGACCACACAGACAAUCGGACAAGGGGUGCAGCCCAAGAAACCGUCCGUGGCGUCCCUACCGGUGGGCCGACCCCCACCACUCAUCAACCUGGAGCCUCUGGUUGUGAAAAGCAGCGGGGUGUAUGACGAGGUGCAGUCCAUGGAGGUCAGCCCAGUUUCCAAGGAGGAGCUCGUCUCCAUCCCAGAGUACUCCCCAGUCAAUGAGGUCCAGCACAAUGGCAUGAGUAAUGCCCGAGCCCUGGAAGAUCUACUGGACCUGACGGGCCAUGUGGCCUACCCCAAACUCUCCCCCAUGGGAAGCCUAGGAGACUGCAACAAGAAUCUGAUCGAGGGGCUCUGCAGCCCCGGUGCCGAUUCCAAGCUCAUCCAAUCUCAUCCUCCACCCUCACACAAGUUCAACAUCCAGUAGUCCGGUACAUAAAAAUUAAUUCAUAGCCCUGGACUGGCAAGCCAUGGUGGAGAGAGCAGAGGGACAUCAUCCAUGUUGUCUGGUGUUAUUGAGGAUGGAAAUCUCUGCACCUCUUGAGAUGAGAGAGAAAGCACUCUGAAUGUAGUUUUUGAUCCUCCUUGUUGGUCUCCAACCUUGAAUGUCCAUUAACCUUCAACCUCCUACAAUACAUCUGUCUUUAUAGCCUUGGACCACGGAGCAUAAGUGACAAUAAUAUUCAUAGAUUUACUGUACUUGUCAGAUAAUACCUUGAUGAUAGUCAUAGCUAUCUGUGUCAUGUCAUGUAUUGCAUAGAGCCGUUGUUAGUGUCUGAAACGUGUGUGUGUGUAGGACUGUCUCAAUGAAACAAAGUGCCCAUGAAGCAAUUUACUUUUGACUACCUGUCAUGAUAUAAAGCAGUUAGCUAAGAAAGUUCAAUCUAAUUUAAAAACAAAAGCUCUUACUCUGUAGUUGAGUAGAAACACAGACUGGUGAUUGCCUCUCUUCUCCUUAAAUAAUUGUUGUAGUGAAAGACCCCACAUACCCAUGUAGAGAAUCAUAUCAGUAAGUUGCCUUUGCUACUGCAGUAUUGUUCCUCUAACGACAGAAGUAUUGUUCCUUUAAUGAUUGAAAGAUUAAUAUUGCUCUGUAUCCACCCACUGUAGUUUAGUAUGUACUGAUCUUUCAAUUAGAUUGUUCCACUGAAAAGUCCACAGUUUUCUGGCUGUGGAUGCCUCAGGUUAGCUUGUAUCUCCCUGGACAUAAUUCACUCCCAAGAGACUCAAGCUUGUUGUCACAAUGUAUGUAUCCAACCUGCUGUGCGAUUGGGAUUGUAGCAUGUGUGCCAUAAUACUUGAACCCAGGUCAAACAGUAGGCCCUACUGCAACUCAAAAGUCAACAUAAAGAAGCUGUACAGAAACAUUCCUCAGUAUAAUCCAGAUUGUCAUCAACCCAUGCAUUGCAGGUUUUGUUCUCUCUUUCUUCCUCGAUCAACAAAGUACAGAGCUGUGCCUGAUCCCUCAAAAGUCUGAAACCAGUGAGCUGGUAUCAUUUGAAUGUUAAAUGGCUUGCAAGAUGGAAUCCAGUUGGCUGUGUUGUCAAAAUUAAGUACUUUUGGUGUGUAUAUGCACAGAUGUAAGUGGUCAGCCACUGGUUCCACUUUGACUGUAUUGUGUUUUGAGAAAUAAUGCACCAAAAGAAGGCAAGAUUUUUACUUGAAGACUAAGCAACCAGGGAUGUAGAAAAUCAGUUUUAAAGAGAAAAAAUGUUAUUAACAGUUCAAACCUACUGUGUCUGUCGUAUCUCUAACAAAAGCAGCAUUGCAAUGAAUUAAAACAUUUGACUAUUGUAGACAUUGUGCAUGGGUCAUUAGCAUGAGAUGAUAAAUAUCAGUACUAUUAAUAAACCUUAAAACAAUAA